ACCGGUGCAGCCCGCAGCCCACAGCAGCGUAUAUAUAAUUCAAACACUGGUAGUUAGAAGUUGGACUACAAAUUCCCGUGAAGUGGGAUGAAGUCAUUCUCUAUGGAAGAUGUGUUGGUGAUAGCAGCUCUGUGUCUUUUAUCGGCUGCACAGGAUAUUAGUCUGGUGAGGACUGAACCAGAACAGUUGCCAUGUCCACAGCAAAGGAUUGAGUUCCAGUGUGAGACUAUAGUUGCGUCACAAACACUGAUAUGGACUCUACCAACUAGUGAUACUAUUGAGUUUGGAGUUCUCAGGACUGUUGGAGAUGUUCGUAACUCAUCAGACAAUGUUUACAGCGCAACUUUGACUAACAAGAUAGAAGAUGAAGAUCCAAACACUGACAGAUUCUUCUUCACGUCAACUCUGCUGGUCCUGGAGCCUGCCAAUAGAUCAAAUCUGACCUGUACUGGAGGCACAGCAGCAGCUUCUGUAAAAAUGAGCACCACAAUAACUCAAAGUGGUACCCCAGACCCUCCCUCUGACCUGGUCUAUAAUGAUGGAGUUGUGAUAGAGAGUUCAGUGGAUCUCCAGUGGACCAGACCUGCCCACACUGGAGGGGUGUCUCUUACUGGCUACAACGUGAGUGCUAAUGGAUGGAGUGAAGAGGCCACGGAUGAUGGUGUCAGAGUCAGCUAUACUGCCAACUCCAGUUUCGUGUAUGGAGAAGUGUUCGUCACAGCUGUCAACUACUGUGGUCAGGAAAGUCAACCUACGGCUAUUAAUAUUGCUGCUGCAGCACCACCACGACCUAACUUAACCAAUCCACUUACUUGCGAAGACGAAUCUGCACCAUGGACGAUAGUGUGCAUGUACGAACAGUGGAAGAAAGGAGUGGUGUAUCCCAAUACAAAAUUCAGCCUAGAACUCAUGCAUACUAACGAAACUUCUUCUGGAGAUUAUUCCUGCUCUGACGUGACUGCUAAUGGUACUAAAUGUACUGUGGACUUCCCAAGAGAUAUCUACAACAUCACUGUCACUCUUGUGAAUGAUUUUGGUUCCACUGUGGACAGCCAAGUGGUUGAUACACGGAUUAUAGUUGAAAUUGAGGAAGGAAAGUUAGAGGACGGCACAAGAUUGACUGUCACUGUGAGCGUAAACAGUCGUUGUCCAAUGAAGUGUCCCGUCACAGUCUUAUUUGGAACUAAACCUAGGAGUGGUUACGGCGAUUGCUCAAAUAUCCAGCGAAAUGUUACCAAAGGACCUCUUUCUCCUGGAGACUCUGCUACUUUCUCUGUGGAGGCUGCCUCUGUCAUUCUGGGAGAUGGGGAAAAAUACUGCUAUCUUGUCAGUCUUUGUGGAAAUAUUAUCAGUAGAGGCAGCGUUGAUGGUGGUUUAUCACCUGCUGAAAUUGGUGCUAGUGUAGGUAGUGGUUUGUUUGUUGUUGUUGUUGUUGUUGUUGUCCUGAUAAUGGUCGUAUACAAGAAGAAGCAUCAUGCUACUGAGAGAGGUAUUGGAAUGCAAGAUAAAACUUCCAGUUGUCCGGAGACGAAACAGGCCUCAGAAGGAACUGACCUCAAAGACUCUAACCCCAAUCUCAGCACUUCUCAACCUGAGGAAAGAGUGGUGUAUACUGACGUCAACCUUAACAGAAAGACUAAGCAGGUAGAACAACCAGUACUAACCUAGCUGCACAAGCAGUGUGGAAAGUAUAAUAUAUAAAACUCUCUCUUAGAACCCCGGUGCCAUUGAACACCAGGAGGGUCCCAGUGGGGAUUUGUAUGCCAUGCCACAGAAGAACGGGAGGAAGGCCAAAGGUGGGAAGGAGAAAGUGAAAGCGCAGCCGACAGAAGAGGAAAAAGCUGCCAUGUACUCAACACCUAACAAGGAAGGACAAAAGAGUGAACGGGUUGAGGUACCCAGAUCUGGAGAUUCAGCACACUCCGAGCCAGCUUUGGAAGACAACUGAGCGAUAGCUGGAUCUAUGCCAGAUGUGUAGCUAGAGCUAGGAUACAAAUAAAGCACAGUUUUAUUAGUAACACAUGAACACAUAAUAUAAUCGUGACUAUUGUAACUACGAUUUGUAGCGCAUAAAAAAAAGUGUUUCUGCUUGGGUCACAUUGCUAUUCUUGUUGUGCAUCUGUUCAUUAAGAAUGUGGCAUUAUAAACAAGUGGAAAAAUCAUUUCUUCAAAAUGAAAGGGGAUAUAG